UUCUAUUUGGACAAAUCAAGUUGACAUCGUUAGUAGUUAGCAAUAUCUUUUUCCUCUAUUCGCACCCAAAAAGAACAUAUUUUUGGGUAAAUUUCUCUGAAUGAACGAAGGGUCCGAAUUGGUACGUUUGAAGCUUUACUGCCAAAUUUUUGCUUCUGGAUUCUCCAACCGUUUGGUAGUCAAGUUUUGGUUGGAAAAUUAGCUGUAUAUAUAUAUAUAAAUACACAAAUGAUUCACUCGGCUUUCAUUCGUGCCUCUGCACCUCAACUUCCACCCCUUCACUCCAUCGGUCCCGCCAGGAAUGGUUCUACUGAGAAUUUUGCCAUUGAAGGUCGGAAUUUGAAUUACUCAGUCACAACAAGGCAGGGGAAGUUCGUACCAAUUUUGAAAGAUUGUUCGCUUCGGAUUCCUGCCGGGCAGUUUUGGAUGCUUCUUGGACCCAAUGGUUGCGGGAAAUCAACCCUUUUGAAGAUCUUGGCCGGUCUAUUGAAUCCGAUUGAUGGAUUUGCGUACGUGAAGAAACCCAAGAGUUUUGUUUUCCAGAACCCGGAUCAUCAGGUAGUGAUGCCCACUGUAGAAGCUGAUGUUGCCUUUGGCCUUGGUAAAUUCAAUAUUUCCCGUGAUGAAAUUAGGUCAAGAGUAGCAAAAGCUUUGGAUGCUGUGGACAUGCUUGACUUUUUGCAAAGACCAGUUCAAACUCUAAGUGGUGGUCAGAAACAAAGGGUUGCCAUAGCUGGUGCUUUGGCAGAAGCAUGCAAAGUAUUGUUACUGGAUGAACUCACAACGUUUUUGGAUGAAAAAGAUCAGAUUGGGGUAAUAAAAGCAGUCAAGAACUCUCUGAAUAAUUCUGAAGAAGUUACUGCAUUAUGGGUGACCCAUCGUUUAGAGGAACUCGAGUAUGCGGAUGGUGCUGUCUAUAUGGAAGAUGGAAGAGUUAUCAAGCAUGGUGAUGCCUCAAGCAUAUUGGAUUUCAUUAAAGUCAGGCAAGCCUCUUAUAUUGAUCAAAUAAAUUCUUGAGGAUAAAUUUUAUUUUAUUUUUUUUCCUUUUCAUUUUUCAUACUUCCUAGUUUUCUAUUGUAUAACGGUUAAUUAGCACAUGAAAUUAUAUCAUUUUUUAUUUUUAUUUUUUAUAUUUUUUAUUUUUUUAAGCA